GGAUAUCACCUGAAUCUUCUUAUCAGUGCUUAAAUUGUGUGUGAACUUGCCCUAACCAUGAGUGGCUCCAAACCUGAUAUUCUGUGGGCCCCACACCACGUCGACAGAUUCGUUGUGUGUGAUUCGGAACUGAGUCUUUACCACAUUGACUCUGCUGUAAGUUCAGAGCUCAAGGCAGGGUCCCUGCGGCUGUCAGAAGAAACUACGGCUACGCUGCUGUCGAUAAACUCGGAUACGCCGUACAUGAAAUGUGUGGCUUGGUAUCCAAAGUACGAUCCUGAAUGUCUCCUUGCUGUUGGACAGGCCAAUGGCCGAGUGGUACUCACCAGUCUUGGUCAAGAUCACAACUCCAAGUCUAAAGAUUUGAUAGGCAAAGAGUUUGUUCCCAAACACGCACGGCAAUGCAAUACCCUCGCGUGGAACCCGCUGGAUAGCAACUGGCUUGCUGCUGGGUUAGAUAAACAUCGUGCUGACUUUUCAGUCCUGAUCUGGGAUAUCAGUAGCAAAUAUGCCCCAGAGACUGCAGUUGCUACAGAGAAAGUAAGACUGUCAGCAGGAGAUACAGAAGCAGGACUGGUAGUAACAAAACCGCUGUAUGAAUUAGGACAGAACGAUGCCUGUCUCUCUCUCUGUUGGCUUCCACGGGAUCAGAAGCUGUUGUUAGCUGGAAUGCAUAGAAAUCUGGCUAUCUUUGAUCUGAGGAACACAAGCCAGAAAAUAUUUGUAAACACCAAGGCUGUCCAAGGAGUGACAGUUGAUCCCUAUUUCCACGAUCGCGUAGCUUCCUUCUAUGAAGGUCAGGUUGCCAUAUGGGAUUUAAGAAAGUUCGAAAAGCCUGUUUUGACCUUGACAGAGCAACCAAAACCCUUAACAAAAGUUGCAUGGUGUCCAACAAGAACUGGACUGUUAGCUACUUUAACAAGGGAUAGUAAUAUCAUUAGACUGUAUGACAUGCAGCAUACGCCCACCCCUAUUGGAGAUGAAACUGAGCCAACAAUAAUUGAAAGAAGUGUCCAGCCGUGUGAAAACUACAUUGCUUCAUUUGCCUGGCAUCCCACAAGUCAAAAUCGAAUGGUAGUAGUGACUCCUAACAGGACUAUGUCUGACUUCACAGUUUUUGAAAGGAUUUCUCUUGCAUGGAGUCCAGUGACAUCCUUAAUGUGGGCUUGUGGACGACACUUGUAUGAGUGCACAGAAGAAGGAAAGGCUAGUUCCUUGGAAAAAGACAUAGCAACCAAAAUGCGGCUCAGAGCUCUGUCAAGGUAUGGUCUUGAUACUGAACAAGUUUGGAGAAACCACCUCCUAGCUGGAAAUGAAGAUCCUCAGCUGAAAUCGCUUUGGUAUACUCUGCAUUUUAUGAAGCAGUAUACGGAAGAUAUGGAUCAAAAGCUUACAGGAAACAAAGGUCCCUUAGUUUAUGCAGGCAUUAAAUCAAUUGUGAAGUCAUCUUUGGGAACAACAGAAAACCUCAGGCACAGCAGGAGUGGAUCUGAUAGACAGGCAGAUAUUAUUCAGUAUCUGAGUGAGGAGAGAUCCUUGGCUUUGCAACUCUGUGGGUGGAUAAAGAAGGGAACAGACUUAGAUGUGGAACCUUUUCUAAAUUCCUUGGAACAGGAAGGAGACUGGGAACGAGCUGCUGCUGUAGCACUUUUCAACUUGGACAUACGGCGAGCAAUACAAAUUCUAAAUAAAGGAGCUUCCUCAGGAAAAGGUGAUCUGAACCUUAAUGUAGUAGCAAUGGCCCUAUCAGGCUACACAGAUGAGAAGAACUCACUUUGGAGAGAAAUGUGCAGUACUCUAAGACUGCAGUUGAACAAUCCCUACUUGUGUGCUAUGUUUGCUUUCCUGACAAGUGAGUCUGGUUCAUAUGACGGUGUUUUGUAUGAAAAUAACGUCGCUGUACGAGACAGAGUGGCAUUUGCUUGCAAGUUCCUCAAUGAUGCUCAGCUAAACAGGUUUAUUGAAAAGCUGACAAAUGAAAUGAAAGAGGCUGGGAAUUUGGAGGGCAUACUGUUAACAGGGCUGACAAAAGAUGGAGUUGACUUGAUGGAAAGUUAUGUUGACAGAACUGGAGAUGUCCAGACAGCAAGCUAUUGCAUGCUACAGGGUUCUCCAUCAGAGGUACUUAAGGAUGAGAGGGUUCAGUACUGGAUUGAGAACUACAGGAACCUUUUAGACGCUUGGAGAUUUUGGCAUAAACGUGCAGAAUUUGAUAUCCAUAGGAGUAAGCUGGAUCCCAGUUCGAAGCCUUUAGCCCAGGUAUUUGUGAGUUGCAAUUUCUGUGGAAAAUCAAUCUCUUACAGCUGUUCAGCUAUUCCUCAUCAGGGACGAGGUUUUAGCCAAUAUGGAGUCAGCGGUUCACCAACCAAGUCAAAAGUUACAAGCUGUCCUGGUUGCCGUAAGCCCCUUCCUCGCUGUGCACUUUGCUUGAUAAAUAUGGGAACACCAGUUUCCAGCUGUCCAGGAGGAUCCAAGUCAGAUGAAAAAGUGGAUCUUAGCAAAGACAAGAAGUUAGCCCAGUUCAACAACUGGUUUACCUGGUGUCACAACUGUAGGCAUGGUGGACAUGCUGGGCAUAUGCUGAGCUGGUUCAGGGACCACACUGAGUGCCCUGUUUCUGCCUGCUCUUGUAAGUGUAUGCAGCUGGAUACAACAGGGAAUCUCGUUCCAGCAGAGACUGUCCAGGCAUAAACAUUGUUUGCAAAUGGGUGGCUCUCUAGUGGAUGUCUAUUGUAGUCCAAGCCUGUAUUUUAGACAAAGGCAGUUUUUGGCUUACUGACUGUGAAAGAAUAAAUUGAAAUUAAAUUAGUAAAGUAAUGUGUGUA